UUAUCAAAUAUUAAUUAAAUUACUGCUUGACAAUUUGAUGGUUUCUAAGAAUAUUGACACGUGUGAUUUUAUUUGCCAAAAUGUCGUACUUGCUUAGAUGACGUUUUGCUUUGAUAUUAUAGGUUUCCCAGAUUCAAUGGCUCAGAAUCACGAGCAGGUCAUCGCAUUCUGUCAAUCCGAAGAAUCAAUCUCAAACCCACAGCAACCGUUGAACCGACAUUACACGAUAGUGAACGUGUGCUUUCAGUGCGGCAAAUCAUACGCUCACGCGACGACGUUGAAGCGUCACCUCACCUACGAGUGCAAUAAACCACCGCGAUUUUGUUGUUCUUACUGCCCUCAGCGUUGCAAACACAAGAACGACAUCAAAGGCCACAUUUUGCGGUGUCAUAAAGGGCAGAAUAUUAGUUUUUACGAGUUGUGAAAGAAAAAGAACUGCGACGUUGUAAAUAGUAAUUUGGUUAUUGUUAUGAACUUUCUUCUUAUGUAAAAUACAUAGAAAUGAUGUUGGUUCUUGCUUCAAAAGUGUAUAGAAAUCAGAAUCGUAGAUCUGAACAUGCAGGUCAAGGUUUAGUACAUAAUUCUGUUGUAAUUAAAGUGUAUCAUUGUCAUUGUGCAUUUUUCUACCCAAAGACGUAUUUCUACAAAAACUAUACAUGCGUGUACCAAAAAGGACUAAAAAUAAAAAAAGUGAGCUCUAUCACAAAUGUA